AUGAACACUCACUUUAAUUGCUUAGGGAACACAGGAAAAGUAUCCAGAACCCUAUUCACUGUUCCCAGUGAUGAUCUGUCUAUCAGCCUUCCAGUUCUGCCCUGUUGCUAUGCAAUGGUAUAUUUGUUGGCUUUCGAUGAAAAUGUUGAAACACAGAUUUCCAUAUUUGGACAAGACAAGAGAGGACUGAACUCACCCUGGCAGCAGGAUGGAAGUGUACGAGAUCCAACAGAGAGCAGGACUUCCCUCAGCCACAUAGAAAACUCUGCUACAAAAGGCGGCCAAGAAAUGAGUUACUGGUUUCCAGAGGUCUGGAGAUUGAAAGAUGCCUUCAAUAGUCACUACGGUCCUGAGAACAUCGUGACAUCCAAAGGGUGGACGGUGGAUGAGGGUGGCUCGGAUUCCGUCCUCUGUUACAGCAGUUGGCAAUCCUACACCGAACGUGACCUGGCAAACUCCGAGGUUCUCUCUUGGGGCAUCGGCGAAGCCAGACUCUCGAUCGAGGGGGCGACCAGAGCAGACACGGGAUUCUACCUCUGCCUCGCCUCCAACGUCGUCUCCAGGGCGGAGCCCGUUCGCGCGGCCGUCGUCGUGACUCAAAAACUCCAGAGGUUCCAGACGAAGUGGAAGAAGGCGCAGAAGAGUCCUAACCUGAGUCCCUUGGCUCACUUGGGGGGGACGGCCCGCCUGGAGUGCAGCGUGAAAGCCGCCCCUUCACCCACUUUCAAGUGGACCAUCAACGAGGACCGAGUUCUGCUAAAUGACCGGAAGUAUUUCAUAAGGGUGCCUGAGGUCACGACAGUCACAGGUAGUACGGCCUACCUCUCGUGGGUGCCCCCGGGUGGGGGGACACCCCUGCCGGCUACACCCUUCUGUAUCGGCCGAAAGAACGGAGGAAAGUACACGAGAGAGGAUGUCACCGGAGCCGAUGUCACCGCGGCGGAGAUCCAAGGACUGACGCCUGGUACAGUUUACGAGUUCCUAAUCCAAUCACACAACGCUCAGGGAAGGUCUAACUACACCUCUUCAAGUGCUCAGAUUCCAGUGCCAGGAGUUGUAAAAGAAGUUGCCAGCAGCAGCAGCAGCAGCAGCAACAGUCAGCCGGGUGUUCCUCUCCUGACACUGUUCCUUACGUCUCUGACUGGCGCAGCCUUGAUGGUUCUGAACGUCAGCAUCAUCGUCUGCUUCGUCAAGCGCUUCGUUCUGAAGAGGAACACUUCAGCAGCUGUUUCUGAAGCUUAUGGGCCUGUUUGGACACCUGGCUUGGACCUUGAGACCGGGAGAACUGGAAGCAUAGACUCUAUAUCAUCUCAAGUGCAUUAUCAGUUCAUUAGUCAGUCUCCAAUGGGUGAAGAAGAAAGAAGAUUCUCCUCAACAACUCACAGUCUCAUGACAGAACUAUCAGAGUAUCAGAAACAGGAAGAAACUCCUCUAACAACAAUACCAACUUCUGAUUACUUCAUCAGCACAGCCAGUCCUCUAAGUAAUUACAGAAGUGACUUGAUCAAUGGAGGAUUGAAUUUAGCAGCACGAAAAUCCCAGUCUUCAAAAUCUCUGACCAAUUUUAAUGAAUUUAUGACACCUGGAGAAUCACAACACGGUCUAGAUGACAACAUUUUUAGAAGGAUGAAGGUAAGGGUUCAGUCUCCAGACAUCCCUGAUGUGUGCCCCAAAAGCCCCACAUUAUGCCCUUCAUUGACUCGUCUGCAGAGUUGUGAAAGGACAGUGAGUCAACUUGAGGAUAAUGAAGACAGAAUCUCUUUGUCGUCAAAUCAUAGUGACUCCUCUUACAAAGGCAUUCAAGGGCAAGCACGUGGGUUCAGAUCUCACGCACCUAAAAGCAACGUGCAUCAGGGCAACGCAAGAUGCCCUGCAGCUAUUCAUAAGUCAGAAAGAUUAACGUCUUCUUGUCAUGAUAUCAGAAGGGAAGCCAUAGCUAAUAAACCAUGCUCAGGCCCUUCUUUUUCCAACAUUUGUUGCUCCACUAAACUCACGUCACAGGUCAUAUAUCACGGUCAGCCACAUAUUCAGCAACAACAUGAAGAGGAACAGAAACGUGAGUAUUUGCAGCAUUUACAACAUCAGAAUCUUCAGCAACGACAAAUGUCACAGCAACACUGCCCUAAACUAGAUCAUCAACGGCAAUCCACAGAAAAUACACCGGAUCAUCAUCGAAUCAUUCAUCAGUGGCCUGAUCACCACUACCAAGAACGUCAACAGAAUGUAGACCAUCAGAAUGAUCCUGCCCAUCACCAUUAUCAUAAUCAAGAUCAGCAUUGCCAUCUGCUGCACUCAGAACAUCAUCACCAUGUGCAGCAGCAACAUUUAGGACAGCAUCAUCACGCUGGAGUAAGUGAAGCCCCAGAUAAUCAUCACCAGCAUCAACAACUCAAUGAAAAUCUAAAGUUUCCAGAAAGGCAGCUUUUCAACCACAGAGAACACGAUGCGCCAUGUUGUCCAACAUCAGAAACCACCAUGUUUCAUCAAACAUUUCCCUGCUGUCAUCAGUCUCAGUUCCAUCUCCAUCAGCCUAAAUAUGAAGAAUACCCCCAAUUGCACAAUAAGCAUGCCCAAUACCAAUAUCUAGGGCAUCAAGUCCCUGCAGUCCCACAGCAAAUAUUUCAUAGUUUGCCUCGUAAAAUGCGACGGUAUCAUUCUGAAGACCUAGAGUCUCCUAAACUUCACAGAGUCACUCAUUCCACGAGAUCAUCAACUCCUCAACUCUUUCAUCAACAUGGACCUCCACAGAGCCUUUCAAGCAAUCCAAUAACCCAUUCACAAAGUGAGCACAGUUAUUUAACACCGUCUCCACAAGGGGAUUACCAGUUUCAUAAAGAUUCGGUUGCUGAACACUCCUUCAGUUACAAGAGAGAAACUCCUGUUCAGUAUUCCAGAGUGCAACCAUCAGCUCUUACUAUACAGGAUAUGACCUAUGAUAAUAAUGGUUAUGGUCAUUUUGAAACUACCCUAGAAUUAUGAGCACAAUCGUAGGUUAAUAGUACAAGGAAUCGGUCCAGUCAAAGGUUGCCAGGAUCAUAAUGAAUGUGCCCUUCUUUCUCAGUUUUAUACCAAAUGCUAACUGAUCAUUUUUUGUAACCUG